CCCAUACGGAUUAAAGAUGGCGCCCUCUCAUGCACUGAGGUGCUGUAAACGGGCUCUAAACUGGGUACCUGUCCUGUUUAUCAACCUGGUUGUCGGUUGGUCUUAUUACGCUUAUGUUGUGGAGCUUUGUGUCUAUACGAUCCCAGGUAAUGCAGAACGAAUCAGCUAUUUGGUCAUCUUUCACAUUGUCCUCGGCAUGUUUAUAUGGUCCUACUGGAAAACUAUCGGGUCCAAACCAACCGGCCCCUCGAAAGCGUUCGGUCUUCCCAGAGCAGAGAAGGAACUCUAUGAGAGAGAGGAGCGAGCUGAGAUGCAACAGGAGAUUCUGAAGAAAGUGGCGAGAAAUCUACCUGUGUAUACACGCACGGCAGGAGGAGCCAUCAGAUACUGCGACCACUGCCAGGUAGUCAAACCCGACCGCUGCCAUCACUGCUCCACCUGUGAGAUGUGUGUGUUGAAAAUGGACCAUCACUGCCCCUGGGUGAAUAACUGUGUUGGAUUCUCAAACUACAAGUACUUUGUCUUGUUCUUGGCCUACGCUUCACUCUACUGUGCAGUCAUUUGUGCCACAGUCAUCCAGUAUUUCAUCAAAUUCUGGACUAAACAACUGGCUGACACGCACGCCAAAUUCCACAUCUUGUUUCUGUUUUUCGUGGCGGCCCUGUUCUUUAUCAGCAUCCUGUCACUUCUCAGCUACCAUCUGUGGCUUGUGGGAAAGAACAGGACAACUAUAGAGGCGUUUAGAGCUCCUGUGUUCACAAAUGGUCCAGAUAAAAACGGGUUUUCUCUGGGCUUUAGCCGAAAUGUAGCUGAGGUGUUUGGAGACCAAGGGAAGUACUGGUUGUUUCCUGUUUUUUCAAGUCUGGGAGACGGGCAUUCCUUUGUUACCAGAUUGGUACACAUAGAUCCUGAACAAGCAAACAGUGUCCUCCAGCAGAAUGGCAAAAGCCUUGCUGAUGGGGAAGCCAACCCUUGUGCGCUUGGUAACAGUAUACAACACACAACGGAAGACAGUAAAGACAAAACUGAAGAAGGCCAGACAGUUUCUGUGACAGUGGAGAGUGAGCCAUAGCAGGUCGCAGGCACAUCAGUAAACUAUGAUGCCUUAAACCAGGAGCAUCAGCGCCGCCACAGGAGCCGUCCUCCACCCUCAUUUUGAGUUCAACAGUGCAGCCUCAAGCUACAUGUUCUGUACAUACAUCAAAUGGACCAUAACUUCCUCCGGUGUGCUUUAAACCAGCACCCCAACAAUACUGUUAUCACGCGACAGUGACUGUACAGCGACCUCGUAGACUGCACCAGUCUGAAGCAGAGGUAAUUCACAGGUUUCGUCUUUGUUUUGAGCCAAAGACAUUCAUUUUGUUGUAUCUGUUGUUGUUGCAUCUGAAAAACUCUGGGACUGCUUUUUCACCUCGAGCCAACGUUUGUCUACAUUGUCUGUGUUUAUCUACAUGGAUUAAUCGCAUAACACAUUCCUAAUAGAGAAUCCUGUUUUCAGUAUUAAGCAUUAAUGACCAAGAGGGAGAAGAGGGAGCCACUAAAAUGAGAUGUGUACAAGUUGUAAAGAAUGGUGAGACAUUUCAACACUGUCAGCAGUGUAAGAAUGAUCAGUUUUAAACUCCAAGCACAGUGCAAUUAUUAAGACCAAUUAUCUAAUGGUCUAAUUUAGUUUACAGUAUACAUGACUGAAAAAUAUUUUGAAGGUCUUUCUGUUUACACUUUUAAGAUAUUUAUGUUUUACAUUUCAGAUUUUAUACUAUGCUCAAACAUAGAAAUUAUCAAGGGUUUAAAUGUUUGGACCAAAUCCAGUUUAACUCCAGUUAAAUGAUUUUAAAUAGUUAAGAAGUUGGUUUGCCAUUUUUAAUUGCACUAUAAAUAUUUGUAAUUUAUUUAUUUUCAAGCUUUUCUAAUUUAAUUGCAUCAUUUUAGUGUCUGUUAAUUUUAUUGUAAUGGAUUAUUUUUAUUUGUAUUUAUUCGUUUUUCAUGAUCAGUUCUUUACUACAGUGAGUAUUUGUUUUUUAAUUUAUCAGUCUUGAGUGUUAAAGGUUAACUUUGGUAUUUUUUUAUAUUUUUCAGCCUGGAUACUAUUCACCCAGUUAGAUGUGAAAAUACGCUGCCUGUACACUCCUUUCCCUUUUUUUUUCCUUGUUUUUUUUUUUUUUUUUUUUAACAUCUAAUUGUGUGAUUUAAGAUUUUAUUCCAACCAAACCAGAGUGGGUGAUGUUGAGUGGAAAGUCAAACCAAGACAGUUUUGUGAGUUUUAUUUUGUUUCUGUCAACUUUUACUGCCUUUGUCAGCUUCUGUUUCUUUAAAUGGAGUCUGGUGGGUUUGGCGUUAGCGAUCUCAGGGCUGUUUCUAGACAAACAAAGGAUCUUAACAAAAAGGAUCUUACUCUUAAAUUAAAAUGUUAAUCUCUUUAGCGAUCCUUUCCGUAAGCUGUCAGACACUUAAAAUGUCAGUGGCAAAAAACAAGCACUUUUAGCGAGCGAACACUGAAGGUGCAUUUUGCCCAGAGUGGUUACAUUGCAGCCCUCUCCACUAAUACCGGACAAAUUAAAGGCGCUGUAUGUAAGAAUGUGGCCAAAACGGUUACUGCACUCAAAUUCAAAAUACUGCCGCGAGUCGUGUCCGCCCCCCCCUCCCCUACAGAUUCGAGGUUGCUGGACAGCGGCAUGCUGGAGACUGAUUUGUUUGCCCACGGGCAUCUGCUGUGGCAGGGCCACGUCGCCGCUUCCUUGAUCUUCCGUUUUCCAGCGGACCGUUAGAGCAAGUCCAGCUUUUCUGCUGCUAACGCUGCUGCCGGGAUACAGCUCGUGAGGAGCCGGCUGCUAAUGCUAUGU